AUGGCUGAGAAUCCUAAACAAACUAACCGUAGCUUACCCAAUGAUCUCGAUAUCGAUGAACGUAUUCAGAUAACAGGAUGCAGAAAACAGUACGAAGAUGUAGAGAACUGCGCAGACAAAUUUGAUAGAGAUUGGAGACAGUGCCAAUCCGAGUUGAAGGAGUUAGCAAGAUGUCUAAAAACUAGUCGCUAG